ACUGGUCUGCAGCGUGCAUGCUGGCUGGCGUUUAUUGCCCCGCGGCCGCGGCUGCUCCUGAAUUCCCUUUAUCCUCUCUCUCUGGCAAGAAAGAAAGAGAGGAGUCGCUAGCGAUUGGUCGCGUUCGCCAGCCCUGAGGCACCUGCAGCAUCUCCUGGUAGCGCCUGCACUCAUUGAGGUCAGACUCGCCUGUGCCUCCGUCGCGAGCGCUUCUCCGCCCAAGCGUGUACCUGAGCAGUGACUUUAACUCGUGCGGUGUGUUUCAAGCAAAAGUGCUGUUUUUAUACAAACAAUUUAAUUUCAAUCCUUUGGAAAUCGAAUAAUUUUCUUUUGGUGCGGUUGGAUGGGAUCUUGAGAUCGCGCGACAUGAGUGGCAAGAAAAAACAGCAGAAGCAGUAUUUCCACAGUGUGAGUGCGAGCAGCAAACGCAUGCUGCCUCCGCCGCCGCUGUGCAAGCAGUACAGCCUGCCGACGGCCAACUCGGCCGGCUCGUGGUGCGACGACCCCGGCUCCACCGCCUCCACCGGCGGUUUCGCCGAACUCGAGAGAGGCGAACGCAUUCGGCCCGAACGCAGACUCGGCCGCAGCAACGUCCAGAAAAUGUUCGGCCAGGCCGGACGUGGAGCGAAUUACGAUGAUUCGAACGUCAGGUACUACCAGCAGAUCGAUUCGCGCAUCAACAGCAUGACCAUUGCCGACGUUAGCCCAAGGGUGGCCGUCAAGAGGAUCAUUUUGCUGUACGAAAACUAUCAGUACAGAGAAGCGGCCAACUUCAUCAACCGCCUCAGCCACGGGACCUUCAAGGUGAUCCUGCACGAAUUGCCGGUGGACCUUUUUGUCGAGUCCAUGCCCAACAGCCUGUCCAUCCUGGAAGCCCUGUACGCCAAGGUCUUCCUCUCCGAAGGUCUGGAUUUCGGGAUGAAGUUGUUGAGGCCAGAUGAUGUGGUCAUGCAGAUGGUCAAGUUCUUCGCGCUGCACGAUUACGACGCCAAGGCCAACAUCACCCUGCGCAGGGUCCCCAGCAAACUGCUGACGCCCUCCAGUCCCUUCGUCUUCAGCUGCAAGAAGCUGCUCAAGGUCAUCGUCCUGUCAAACCAGAAGAUCCGCAAAGUUCUGCGAGUCCGAAAACAGGCUCUGGACAAAUCCCUGGAAGGUCUGGGCCAACACGGUCUCGUCUCCACCGCCGACCAGACCCUGAUGAACUUGCACGACGCCCUGAGACUCGAGUUCCAGCGAGUUCUGGAGACCUACAAGGAGGCUCUGCAGAAGUUGGAGGAACUCUCGCUGGCCAGCAACAACAAGAAGCCGCCGACGACGCCCAUCGAGGCGUCGCACCAACGCCAACUGUCCCUUCGCCAACUUGAGAUUCAGGAACGUCUGAUCAAGAACAAGACCCUUCUGAACGUCGUCGAACCCAUUUUGGGCAACCACUACCUGAACGUCCUGCUGGGCAUUCUGCAGCGCAGGAUCGAGUGCGACAAAGACGCGCUUUUCCAAUUCACGCAACUGAGGAAGGAAUCGACCAACACCUUCGAUGCGACGGCGAUUGUGGCUCCAAUCCUCAUGCGAUUCUCUUACGGAUGCGACCAGGUGCUCGAUUUGAUGAAAGGAGUGGCCGAAGAUGACGACGACUCGAGUGACAUAUCCGGCUACCACUCGGACUCGGAAUCGACCAUAAUGUUGUCUGGAAAUUCGCCGUACACCAAGAAACCCGGCGCCAGAUCAGUGGCCUCCUCGAAAGGCUCGAACGGCAAGUGCUGUCCGAGCUGCGAGUCGUUCAUCCAGCGCGAAAAGAAAAAGAGCGACUCGUCGUCGUCCUCGCUCAAGUCCCAAAUGAGCCGAAGGCCAGAACUGCCCGCGCGAAACAGCCCACCUCUUGAAAACCCUUACUCCGUGCCAAACAGACCACCUCCACCUCCGAUGAUGCAACACAACGUGCCAAAACGGCCAAUUCUGCCGCCACCCACGGAACCCGUCGUGCCCAAGCUUGUGAUGAAGUACGAGUCUUUGUACGCCCAGGCCAAGGUGGACACUCUGGACGCCCUGGACAUCCUCGAGGAGCUCAAAGGCGCCGAGGAGCUCAAAUCAAAAAUCCUCUUCUCAGUCGUAGUUCUAUCUUAUCGCGCCGUGCUGCUGGUGCUGGCCAAGAAAAAGGAGGCUAUCAGGAAAAUUUUGCAAAUGCCCGAACCUGGUCAGCAGAGCGAGGUGAGAGCAGCGUCUGACGACUUGGAAGCCAGCAUUGCACACUACCUUGCCAGCACGGCUGAUAAAUUCAAUCUGUGCCAAAGUGUCGAGGACGUUUGUUCACAAAUAUGGACCGCCCUCUACGACUACCCUUGUUUGAAAACGUGCCAGGGUCUCAUUGCUUACGUCAGGUCGUCCGUGCAGAUGGCCUGGUCCCUUGCAACCCAGAACCCACCUCUUGCCCUCGAAUACGAAUUCAAGAAGUACAGGCCAGACCUGCACAGUCGUUUCCACGCGUCGAACCCUGAGAAGGACGACAUCAGGACGUACCUUUGGCCGGCACUGCUGGAAAGCGUCAACGGCCCGUGUCUCAGUAAAGGCGUCGUCAUCACAUAGACCGGAUCGAGAGAUUUAAUUAACCAUUAGUUUUUAUUAUGCACAUAACUUAUUUCUAACUGAAAAAAUUGUACAUAUUUUUGAUAUUAACUCGUAAGGCUCAAAAUUUUAAACCUUAUUUUAUCAACUUUGUAAAAUAAACGCUCAUUAUUAUUUUAAGUUAUAAAAAAAAAUAAAACGUUUUU